AUGUAUCUGGCUGUCAUAUCGCGGCCUGACAUUGCGCACAUCAUUGCUAAGUUGGCACAGUUUAACUCUCAUGCGCAUCAGGAACAUUUUGGUGCCGCAAAGCAUGUGCUGAGAUACUUGAAAGGGUGUCCAAAAGGUAUGAUCACUUUUUCUCCUCAUCAGGAUUUGAUAUGUUUUACAGAUGCAGACUGGGGUUCUGACGGUACAAACCGCAAAUCAUACAGUGGCUCUGUAUUAUUAUUGGCUGGCGGAGCUGUCGCCUGGGAAUCCAAAAAACAGCAAGUGGCCGCUCUAAGCUUGAUGGAGGCGGAGUAUAUUGUCAUGUGCCAAGGGGCAAAAGAGAUCGCUUUUCAUCGAAGCUUGCUUCACGAAUUGGGUUUUGGCAAUCUGGUGUCUGGACCGACAACGAUCCUGUGCGAUAACCAGGGAGCACAAUUUCUGGUCACCAAUCCGACGACACACAAACGUAGUAAACACAUUGACUCACGAUUUCACUACGUGCGUGAACAAUACUUGAAGGACGAUAUUGCACUGGAGUAUGUACCCUCGUCGGAGAAUGCAGCGGAUAUACUAACAAAACCUUUGACUAAAGAGAAGCAUAUUAAUUGUUAUAAAUUGUUAAAUAUGAGUUUCAAUUGA